GAUUUCAGUGUUGAGGAAACUAAGCGAAUAUGAUGCCGAUGCUAUAUAGAACUAUAGUACUGGUGUUCUGUAUCGAAUGUACUGUCGUCCUUGGUCAAGGGGGACAUGCAUACUACGAAGCCAAAUACUCGGUCGGCUAUACACAAGAAGACUCCAUGAAUGGACUCUAUGACCAGACUUAUGGAUACACUCACUAUUUGUCAUCGACUUCGCCGAUUGCAAUUGGGUGUGAUAUCGAUAGCAGUGGCCUAAUUACGUCUUGUUCGGGAAGCAACGUUUAUUUGCGCUCUCAAAGCAUGCCGAAUAUUACUGCGGGGACAUUUUCAAACACCACACGAUCAAUUACAAUUUACGAAUGUGCUAAUUUUAAGAUGUUCGAAGACAAGACGUUUGAAAACUUGACCAUGUUAGAAACGCUAGUGGUACAGAAAACAGGUCUGAAUCAUCUUCCCGAUUUAUCGAAAACAAGUGUUAAGACAGUAAAUUUAGCAGGCAAUAAUAUUACAAUUACAACGAACAACCACAGGGGCUGGACCUUCCCGACGACCAUAGAACGUCUGACGUUGGCUGAUAACAAUCUUCAUUGGUUACCUCCCAAAAUCGUGUCUGGUCUUAACCUAAGAAUGGCGAGCUUCAGCAAAAACAAGCUAUUACAGAUACAUCCUAACAUAUUCGGGAAUAUUUCAGCAUUAAUGUAUCUAGGCAUGGAUGGAAAUAACAUAACAAGACUAUCAAAGAAUAGCCUGGCCCCACUUGCAACUUCAGAUACAUUUAUACAUCUAAAUCUGAGCAACAACCAGCUGUCCUACAUCCAGCCUGAAACCUUCAGCAAUCUCCAUGCACUGAAAUUGUUAGAGGUCCAUCAGAACAGCAUGCAAAGUAUAACGUGGAACGUGUUCUCGGAAAUGCCAGAACUUCUGCAUCUGGACCUUCAUGCGAACGACAUCGUUAAUCUCGAAAGCAAAUCGUUUGUGAACCUACCAUCUUUAAUUGAGCUCCGACUUCACUCGCAAAAAAGAGGACUUGCUACGAUUGCGUAUAACGCCUUUAUUAAUAUCAACGGUAGUCUCAAAGAAUUGUUUGUGAGCAGCAACAGCCUCAAGACGUAUCCCCAUCCGGUUCUCGAGGAGGCAAACUAUCCAAAUCUUACCAUCAUGCACGCGGACCAUAACUCAAUUAAGAAUAUGACCGAGUUUGGCACGGAGGCUUUUCCAGACAACCAAUACUUCCUGCAUGCGCAGAAAUUCGCCAAGUUCGUCCCAUUCUCCGCCACACCCGCAGUGAAAAUACUGUAUUUAAGUUACAAUCAGAUCACAACGAUACGGAAACACGACCUUUGUGAACUAGAGGUGCUGGAGUAUUUGUAUUUGGAAAACAACCAAAUUCGAGAUUCUCUAAUGGAUGAUGAUUGCUUUGCUUGUCUUGCGAACCUUACCUUCAUACAACUGGACACCAAUCUGAUACAAUAUGUUCCAAACGCUUUGAAGUCAUCCGCCGUUGUUCCUAAAUUGGCAACCCUUCAUUUGAGUUACAACAAGUUGACUUUCUUGUCCAUUCCAUCGUUCUUUAAUGUGUCAACACUACAACAACUGUAUUUAGCCGGAAAUUUGAUUUUAGCAGUUGAAGAUGGUGCCUUUCCAUUGCAAAUCCAAACAAUUGACAUGAGCAACAACGACUUCCGAUUUCUCCACACUGAUCCAUUUCGCAACCUUUCAUCACUGACGUCGUUGAAUCUAGAUUUGAAUGAAAUACAGUACAUUCCAGAAACGGCCUUCGAAAAUUGUAACUCAUUGGCAACACUGUCAAUUAGCUACAACAACAUCGCUCAACUUAAGAAGGUGCAUUUCCGGAACUGUCCAUUGAGCGGCCAUGUAAGCUUCUACUCCAAUGACAUUGGUUGGAUAGAGGACGGAACUUUUGAUCAUGUCACGUCUAUGCUGAGCUUGAAUCUUGCGAAGAACAAACUAACACGUGUUCCAGGCGGCGGAGAUUUCAAAGACCUGAGGAUAACAUACGAUUUAGAUCUGUCGUACAAUCGCAUUAAUGUGCUUACCUACCACAGUUUUAACAAUUUAUCUUGCCAAUAUUUAAUCUUAACGGCAAAUAUGAUCACAGAGGUCCAAAGCUAUGCUCUUGACGGAGUGACCUUAUAUUCUCUAUCAUUUGCAAACAAUCCUUUGCGUAAACUUUAUGAAUAUUCCUUCAAAAAUUUAAGAGUGGCAGAAAAUCUAGAUAUUGGGAAUAUGUUCUACUCUAUCGUUCCGUCGCUAGCCUUCUACGUCGUUUCAAGUAAAACGUUAACUAUGAGUGCUGGAGUCAUAGACACAAUUGAAACAUCUGCAUUCGUCAACGUCAACGUCGUGUACCUAUAUUUAAAUGGAAAUAAUAUAAAUAAAGUUCCGAAUUCAAUUUUCGGAGGAAGAUGCGUCAUAUCAGAAGACUUAUUUUUAUCCAACAACAAUAUGACUUAUAUGGCAGCAAAUGCGAUGGACAACUCUGCAAUCUCUAAUUUGCACCUUGAUAACAAUGCAUUUACAUCUGUAACACAGGCCAUCACCAGCCAGCCAUUUAAUAAACUAUAUCUGGAAAACAACAAAAUCUACGAAAUUCCCACCGGUUUUUUCCUUAACCAGACAUCAUUGAGGCUUUUAGAUAUUUCAAGCAAUUUCAUUACUGUUCUUGAGCCAGGCGUGUUCGCAGAUCUACGUGCUCUUCAAGAGCUGAAAAUGUCUUCAAACAAGCUGAAAACACUGCCGGAGACGUUCUUUGAAGGCUUGUCGAAACUUACGUAUUUGUAUGCGGCGAAUAACGAGAUCACCCAUCUUCACUCGUUCGGUGCAUUAACUUCUCUUCGAGUCAUCGACAUGUCCAACAAUAAGAUUGGCACAAUCGCAGCUUCAGCUUUUGCAGGAAUCAGUGGCGUUUCCUCAUUUUACCUUGCGACCAAUCCGCUAGAAUGUUCAUGUCAGCUGGUACAGACAUUGGAAGCAGUUACUGACGUUUUGGUGUCGGCAACUUGCAGUCAGAAUACAGAGGCUGCCGGUGUCGUCUUUCCUGACUCCAUGAACAAAAAUCCGAAGUACUAUAAGAGCGUCAACGCUUCUGUGUUUGCAUGCAGUGCAGCCUCUGUGAGCAGUAGUGACGUAAAUGGCACGGAGUUUACAAUAGAAUGGGAACAGCCAGAAUAUACGUUCUAUCAGACCAAUAAUUCCGCAACAUCCCCUGCCCUGAGUGGAAAAGUAAAAUAUGACGUUGAAUGCAGUAGCAGUUUGGCAACAAUCAUAACAAAAUCAGUGGUGGACAACAACGCUACAGUCGGAUCUACUAACUUCUCUGUGACGUUUAAAGCUUCCGACGGAGUGGUAUCGGGGACACCUUAUGAGUGUGCUGUAAGAAUAAAUAUCAGUGGUGUCCUCAGUGCAAAGAGUGACCCUGUAGUGUUUGUCACCCCCGACUCAGUUACGCCUGAUAUAGCAGGGCCCAAUGACGUCGAACUUCAGGUCACAUAUUACGAUUUCAGAAAGGCACACACGGAUUUCAACAACUUGCAUUACCCAUAUAUAUCUGAUGCUGUCUUUGUGGACAGUCCUUACGGAGCCUGGUUACAAAGCUCAACUUCACCGGCUACUGACACCUUCUCUACGUGGUUUAGAAAAGACACGGUUGGAAAUAUCAAUAAAGAGGUCGAUGGGAAGUUAGUUCUCGUCCACCAAAGUGGAAACAACAAAAAAUACUAUUCUACAUCAUUCUUCCCUGUUGAUGGUAAAGGUUAUGGAUCAGAGAAUCAAUUGGACUGCAAUCUACGAUACCAUAAUUUCGGGUUUACGUCAGCGGCGAGGGUUGGCAUCGUGUACAGAGGGUCCGAGGUGAUCACCCUUGGCGGGGGCGAGGCCAUGUGGCUCUUCAUUAACAAAGUCAAGAUGUUCGAGUUUGUGUCGGAUGGGACCAUUAAACCAUGCUUCAAAAUAGAUCUGUCUUCUGCUCAUCGCAAUUCAAGCAUGGUAUACCUCCAAACCGGAUCAUUGAAUGUCGGCGCCUGCACCGGACUUGUAAAAUCAGCAACUCCAAUAAACAUAUCUUUAGAAACAGGCCAAACGUAUCACUUUGACUGGUUCCACGCACAAACCAAGCGAUGCUCCUCCGAGCUGCUGUUCGAGGUCACAGAGGUUACAUUCAGUCAAGACAAGGCGAACGAUCUGCCUUUGGAUUAUGAAGUUAUUGUAAAUGAAAAUGAAAAUAGUGGUAAAAUACUCGUAGACAAUGUAAAUCUCGUGGAUGUGUUUUCUUCGUCCGGAGGAUUCAGUAUCAAGUUGUAUAAAGGUAAUGAAGGUAGGCGGUUUGACAUAAAAGAUGCAUCAUAUUCGUUUACCGCACCGACUCCAGUACCACCAGUGUUGACAACUGUCACAGAUGUAAAUGGGAUUACAAUACAAUAUGUCGAAUGCAAUGCGUCAUCGCCAUUGGUUGUAAUGUCUAACAACACCUCUGACCAGUCUUACGCAAUUCCGACAACCUCAUUCAAAGUGACUCUGACAGCGGAACUAGAUUAUGAAGUCACCAAGGAGUACAAACUACUUCUGGAAGUGGCGGAUACUGGUCUGACUCUCACGGGGCACAUUGGUGUCAGGAUAAUAAUAGCGGACGUAAACGAUAACUGCCCCAUUCUGAGUCCCACGGAGUUCUCGCUCACUCCCCAGCCAGUUUUGCGCCUGGAUCCACUGACGACCUUCAAUUUUUCAGAUGCCGACAGCGGCGAGAACGGAAAGAUACACUUUGUAGUCUCGAAUGUGACUUCUGAUCCACCGGUCAUUUGGGACAGCACAUACGAUCUUUGGGGAUUCGUCUAUCUGAGCUAUACAUCGCUGCAGUUCUAUGUCAUUUCCAUGGAUAACGGCACCGUGCCUUUUGGAAUGAAGGCAAAAGUGAAUAUCAACGUGAGUAACACGUGCGUGCUCGACGUGCUGUUUGGGAAAAUCGAUUACAUGUUCAUAGUGAAUGCCACCACUGGUGAGCUCGUGCUGAGAAUUCCCAAGUAUUGGAUGUACGAGUUUCAUUGUGAUGAGGACAUCGGCCUCAUAGUCGGCACGGUUCUCGACACUAGCAUGAACGCUUCAUCCGUGUACCAUCCCGUGUCAACAGCAGCUGGAAGGGCGCGCGUCAACAGCAAGGAAAAUGUCUACAGCAAGCUUGCAGGCGCCUGGGUAGCCGGAGUCGUCGAUUCCAGCCAGUACGUGCAAGUGGACAUGGGGACGCCGUACAAGUUCACCGCCGUGCAGAUUCAGGGUCGAGCCGAUGCCGACGAGUGGGUAACCUCUUUCAAGAUUUUCUACGUCGACGACAGGGGCACUUGGAUCACCUACCAGGCAUAUUCGGGACAAGAGGUAUUUGCCGGAAACACGGACCGAACCACCGUUGUGAGGCACAUGUUACAGCCUCCCGUUCUAGGCACGAAGAUCAGGGUCAACCCGCAGACCUGGCAUUCCGCCAACAUUUCCAUGAGGCUCGAGUUUAACGGGUGCCCUCAAGCGGAGCAGCUUUUCUACGACGUGAGCUGUAUGCGCUGUGAGACAACUUUCUAUUGUGAGGGGGAGGGCAUCCAGAAACCGUGCGGCCGUUGUUUAGGUAACGGAACUUGUGACCGGAAUCCCGUGGAACAUUCUUUUGGACUGGCAUCGGAGUGCACAGCAUGUCCGCACGGAUGGAUCUGCGCGGGCGGCUAUGCCAAGCCAUGUGAGCUAUAUCACUAUGUUGAAUGCACCAAAACCUCCUGUCCAAUGGCGUGCACGCAUUGUGAGCCAGGCUAUGCUUGCCACUCGGGAAACAGGACAAUAUGCGAGGCGGGCUCAUACUCGGAUGGGAACACUGAACACUGCAUACCCUGUUUGGCGGGCACCUACCAACCAAAUGCUGGGCAAAACUCGUGCAUCACGUGCGCCCCUGGUUACUACAGAGCAACGAGAAAGACUUGGUGUGAUAGAUGUGCACCCGAGGAGUACACGGACGGAGCAUCCGGAUGUUUGUUGUGCCAGAAUGCUGCCCAGUGCCCUUGUCUUGACGGGAACAAGUGUUACGACUAUUCAUACUGUUACAAUAUCGGGACAGGAAAUCACGCAUGCGCACCGUGCGCAUUUGGUCUAACAGGAAAUGGCGUGAAUUGCACAGACGUCAAUGAGUGUGUCGCGUACAGCCCCUGUUUUAUGGACCGUUGCAUCAACACUGAGCCCGGGUACCAAUGUCUGGAAUGCCCCGAGGGUUACAAGGGGACAUAUGAGGAUGCGUAUGCCUGGGAUAAUUACCAACGGGUCUUCAUCUACAAGAACCUCGAUAGGUCCAACUUUAGCUCCCAGACUUGCGACGAUAUCGACGAGUGUGAGGCGGACAACGGUGGAUGCGACCCUUUGAUGAAGUGUGUCAAUACAAUAGGCAGUUACUACUGCAGUUUCUGUGCCUCUGGGUACAUGGGGACGAACAAAAGCGGCUGUUACCUUGACAACUUCUGUAAAUCUGGAGCCAAUAAUUGUAUACGAGAGGCUGACUGUCUCUAUCUUGGACCGGCACUGUUCAGAUGUGUGUGCAAACCUGGCUAUGCCGGCCCGGGUAAUCUCUGCGGGCUUGACUCCGACAACGACGGCUUUCCGGAUGUUGGAAUCCCUUGUCUGGACUGGGGAUGUAAACGGGAUAUUUGCCGAAACAUUCCAAACAGCAUGCAAGAAGACAUCGAUGGGGAUUCGUUCGGGGACAAUUGUGAUGACGAUGAUGAUAGUGAUGGGCGAUACGAUUGGCUGGACAACUGUCAAUUUGUGUCCAAUUUCAACCAAACUGAUGCGGACGGUGACGGGGUGGGCGAUGCUUGCGACGUCUGUCCGUCCGUUAGCGACCCUGAUCAGAAGGAUGGGGACUUCAAUGGUGUCGGGGACGCCUGUGACAAUAAUGAUCUGGACACCGACGGGGAUGGAGUUCCCGACACAUCUGACAACUGCCCUAAUAUUUCAAACUCGAACCAGGCUGACUCAAAUGAAAACUUUGUGGGUGAUGUUUGCGAUGUGCCUGUUACGACCAAUAUUGACAGAGAUGGCGACAGUGUUACAGACAAUGUGGACAAUUGUCCCGAUUAUAUGAAUGGCGACCAAUCUGAUAUCGAUGGCGAUGGUGAAGGUGACAUGUGUGACGAUGACAUCGAUAAAGAUGGCAUCAAUAACAGCAUCGACACUUGCCCAUAUGUGUAUAAUGCCAACAAUGCAGACACUGAUGGAAACGGCGUCGGUGAUGCAUGCGAAGGGGAUACAGACGGCGACGGUAUUGUCGACAAGAACGACACGUGCCCCUUUAACCCGAAAAUACAGACCACCUCGUUUAAGUUGUAUUUCACUGUUAAUCUUUAUCCGUCCCUUAACACAGCGAUGCCGAGGUGGCUGGUAAAGAACAAUGGAGGAGAAGUGAUGCAGUUGGCAUACACGGGAAUGCCCACCAUGCUUAUAGGUAAGCAGGCUUAUGGGGCAGUGGAAUUCAAAGGCACCUGGUUCACAACUCAGUCCUCCGCUGACAAAUAUUUCGGGUUCGUGUUCGGCUACACGAACAACAGGAAGUUCUACAUCGUCAUGUGGAAGGGCAUUCACCAUAACUACAAGGAUGGCGAAAACUUCACCUACAAAGGCGGCAUUCAGGGGGUGCAGAUAAAGCUUAUCAACUCAACUGUUGGUCCUGGUUCGGACUUGGCCAAUGCUCUUUGGCAUAGCUACAGCACCUCCGGGAUAUCCACCAUGAUUUGGCAGGAUCCCAAAAUGCAAGGUUGGCAGCCAAAUAAGUCCUACAGAUGGUACCUCACACACAGGCCCACCACUGGAUACAUACAUUUGAAAGUGUACCAAGGUACUACGCUGACGGCCGACUCUGGGGCCCUAUACAACAACGCCAUUACUGGAGGCCGCCUGGGCGUGUUCCAGUUUGGUGAGUUCCCGAUGAUCUGGUCCAACCUGCGGGCCGACUGCCUCGAGCACACCAACCAGGGACUGUACAUGAACGGCAUGGAAAACUACGUGGAGCUGAAUGAUGCCAUCACACUUGGUCUCGAUGACAGUUUUACCAUUGAGAUCUGGAUAUAUUUAGACUCAAAUCACACAGCUGGCCCGUAUCCGGUAUUCUGUGCAAGCAGCGAUUUCAUCUGCUUGUCCGUGAUAUCUGGCAACAUGGUCGGCCGCUAUGGAAACUAUACCGUGACCUCAUCGCAGACUCUUAAAGCUGACCAGUGGUAUGGCGUCAUAUUUAGAUACAGAAUAGAAGAUGAAAAACUUGGCAUAUUUGUUGACAGCAUCUUAAGUGGAACAACUAGCAAUGUGAAGAAAUAUAAUCUAACUGCUAUCAACGAAACCACUGACCUCAAGAUGUUCAUUGGUCGAGAUUCCAAUAAUUAUUUUAGGGGAACAAUUGAUGAAGUGCGCAUAUACAGCGAAGGUCUACAGGACGGCGAGAUAGUUGAACACGUUGCGAUGGCGUCCGUGGAACGUCCUGCACUCAAGGCGUACAACAGCCUGCAUUUCCGUAUGGAGGACUCGAUCAAUUCAACGACUCUGGUGAACUCAGGAAGACUACAGGGACAUACAGCUGUCAGAAACGGCGGCGUGUUUGUCACGAGCUAUGAGCAAUUCAAGCAAUUCAGGAUCGGCUAUCCGAACAACCGAUAAGCACAAGAAAAGGCAGAUGAUGCCGAUUUUGGUUGGGUGAAGACUUACCCUAUAAUAUGUGAUUUAAAUAGUUCUUAACUUAUUUCUGUUUGAUCUGUGAUAUUAUCUUUUAUCCCAUAAUAAUUUGUAAUAUUGAUUUUAUAAUAUUUGUUUUGUUAUGAAUGAUCUAUAUUAACUUUUUUAUUGGUAUUUUCUUUAUUUAACAAAUAUAUGUAUAAACGUGAUGCAUUAACAAAUUGUUUAGCAAUGUAUAGUCCUGUAUUACUUACGUUCAUGUGUUACCUGAAAGCGAUGUGGAAUUUUAGUGCAGAAAACUGCCGAUUAGUGAGGAGUGCUGUUUAUAAUACCCUUACAAUAGUAUGUUUUUAUGGCACCGGUAGGGCUGCACAUGGCAGUCGCACUGUCUGUCCGUCUGCCCGUCCGUCUGUCUGUCCGACUGUCCCUCUGUCCGACCGGCAUUUUGUUUUCCGGAGGUUUUAUUACGCAACGCUUUAAGAUAUUGAGCUACAUUUUGGACUGUGAGUUUACCUACAUGGCCUACAGAUGAAGUGUAAAAUUCGUUCCGGUCCGUUGAUUGUUGACGAAGAUACUGGCCGUUGACAGAUCUAAAUUUUUGCCAAGGGAUGUAAUAAGCUUUAAAGGGGGAUACUUUUCAUGUAUGGAAGGUACAAGGUCAUUUUUGACAAAGGAAGUUCUAUUUUUAAAGGGAUAUCAACCAAGGUAGGAGCUUAAUAAUACAAAUUAUUAAUAAUAGAAAGUAAAAGGCAUGGAGAUUUUAGACAAAAGUGGAUAUAGAAAUUUUCUCUCUAAUAAGCGUUUUCCUGAUGUUUCUUUGCAACACUUUCAGAUAUUGAGCUGAUUGUCGGUAUGCGAGUCUACAUACACGCCCUACAGAUGAAGUGAGAAAUUCAUUCCGGUCCAUUGAUUUGUGGCGAAUGUAUGGGCCUUGGACUUAGACAAUUGCUCUAUAAUAUUUCUCUAUAAUAACCGUUUUCCGAAGGUAUUUUUCGCAACGCUUUCAUAUAUUGAGCCGAUUUUGGUGAGUCUACCAACAUGAACUACAGAUGAAGUGUGAAAUCGCUCUGGUCCAUUGACUUUUGGCGAAAUUAUGGGCCUUGGACUUAGAAAUUGUCAAUAAAAUAACUGUUUUUCUGAGGGGUUUUUUUUCUCAACGCUUUCAGCUAUUGAGCUGAUUUUUGGUAUGUGAGUCUACCUACAUGACUUUCAGAUGAAGUGCUAAAAUUGUUCCGGUCCAUUGAAUUUUGGCGAAGUUAUGGGCCUUGGACUUAGAACUGUUCAAUAUGAUAACUGUUUUCUAGAGCUUGUAUACGCAACGCUUUCAGAUAGUGAGCUGAUUUUCGGUAUCCGGUCCAUUGAUUUUUAGCUUAGUUAUAGGCCUUAGUUUCUCUAAAAUAGCUGCUGUUGGACUUUAAAGCGCAAAUGGGGGCAUUGUGUUUCACAAACGCAGCUCUUGUUAAUGUCUUAUUUUUGCCUUCUGCGUCAAAACGUUUUUCAAGUAUAAAAUGGCUAUAAUCCUUAAUCGAGGAAAUUGUAUUGUUUGAAAUAUAUUUUAACGAUUUAUAAUGCCUUAAAUUACUGUCCGUGAUCACUUUAAGAACACAUGGUCAAUUUAAGUACAUUAAAAGAAAAUAUUUAUCUAAACAAUGUUAAACAAAGAUAGUAUUUAAAUGUAACAUGUAAUUCAAAAAUUGAAUGUUUGCCUAUGUACAUGUAAUAUAUUUCUAUGUGUAUCACUGUUAACAAUAUUCAAUCGUUCAUAUUAUUAACGUUUUUCAAACUUCACAUAAAAUCUGCUUAAAAAUGAA